AUGGCAUCCUCGCAGUACUGCAGAGCUGGUCCCGUCAUCUUUACUCUCGUCCCGCUCAACAUGAACUCUCUCGAGGCUCUAGAAGACUUCCGCAACAGACGUUUCUGCGAAAGACCCGGUCAAGAGACACUUCCAGACGAGAUUUACAUCACCUUCAACCCCCAUCGCCCUGAAGGUAUCUAUCCGUCUACAAUCGGCCGCGCAGGGGACAUCAGGCUACCCAGAACAUUCCCCGCGAGCAUCCAGUGCGCUUUCGAAAUCCACAAAGACACCGGAGAGGUAAUGCUUGUGGAUAAAUCGCCUGAUCAGAGUUGCUAUGUGCGCUACUCAACCAACACCGAUGAGAUACUGGAUUUCACAGAUUUCGGAGCCAUGGUCAUCUGUCCGCAUGCCCACGAAAUCAUACUCCACUUCGGAGAGGGAGAAAGUGAUUCUUGGAUGCUGUGGGCUAUUAAUUGGUGGCAUAUGCCAGGGCCAGUCGACAUGGAGGCUUGGGCAGCCCAAGUAGGUUUCCAUGCUCGGAUCGGACAAAACAUGACACUCCAAAGCAUUCCACCAACAAGACGUUUGGAUUUCGACGGUGCUAACCGGGAGAACCGGUAUCUUCCACGUGACAACAUCAAACGUAAACCUGGCACAAUAGUCACCAAGGGCAUCGAUGCACUCACUGGCCAUCUUGUGGCUAUCAAGACAGUCAAAGACAGAAAACCGGGUCGCUAUCGCUUGGAGGGAGAGGCAAUAAAGGAACUAUCCACCGAUUUGAACCAUUCUCAUGUGAUGGAAUUUCUCCAAGUCGAAAUCAAGACAGACCACUUUGAACUCGUCAUGGAGCUACAGGAUGGCAAUGUCUAUGAACUCGCGCGCAAUGAGAAGUUCGCGGAUGCCCGAAACUUGUUCCAGUUUGGAGAUAACGUUGGUCGACCUCUAAUGCACCAGAUGUUACAAGCCCUGGACUAUCUUUGCUGGAAAGACAUCACCCACCGGGACGUUAAGCCAAGCAACAUCCUAUAUCGCCGCAUCGACAAGCACACCUACCACUACCGUCUUACUGACUUUGGCAUGGCGACAACGGCCCCCCACCCGCGUCGUGGUGAUGGGGAUUCAAUGUUCAUGCCGCCCGAGGUUUUGUAUCUGGAUGGUGACCACACGACUAAGAUUGAUAUCUGGUCGCUCUGUGUUUCGUUUUGUUGUAUUUUCGGCUUCAAGCUAACCUUGAGCGACAAAUUCGAAGUUUAUGACAAGCACGGCCGCGUUCAUCCAGAUUGGAUCCCUGUUCUCGAGACCAUGGUGGUUGUGGACUCCAACAACCGUGUUUCAGCUGGUGAUGUGCUGACGGAGAUGUUUGAAGGAGUUGGGCGAGUCACUGCUGAGUGA